AUGAGCCGUCCUUCUAAUGAGGCGGGCGCGCCUCGACCUGCCUCUGGCCUCGCCUCUCACAACAACAUCCGAUCACGAGCCCAUAGCAUCUCGAGUGACCGACCAUCUACCGUCGGCUACGGCUUGAUGUCGCCACCGAUAUCUGUCUCUCCGGAGGCAGCUUUCAUUGCUGCCUCGGCUGCCUCCCAGAUCGUCACAAACGACCAUGACAGCCACGCCAACACCUGGUACGAUGAGCAUGGCAUUGAGCCAUCAGGGGAGACGGCCAUCGUCACUAAUGCAGCACUGCAACUCAUCAACAACUUUCUUGAUCAGCUUCUCUUCAGCUUUCUCUCUCUUUCCCAUUCCACGUCUCUCGCAGCUUUACGCCCUGCCGUCACCGAGGUUCUCAAGCCGAAGCUUGCAAAAGAUGCCAUCAACCAGGCUGACGAGGAGCUGCGAGAAUACCUUGGGGGUGGAGACGAUGACGACAUGCUCCAGUCACAGCGGCCCACUUCGGCGAAGGACUGGGAUGUAGAACUUGUCUGGAAACGCACACGCCUUCGCUGCAUGGUCUAUUCGUCGCUGGGCGACUUAGAGGAGGAAGAUGAGGACCUUUACAUGGAGCAGGAGCAUCUCGAAACUGCCCACGAUCCCACAAGUGAGACGGUGUCUCCAGCUGUGUCAAUUUUCCUGACAUCGAUUCUUGAAUUCAUGGCCGAACAGGCUUUGAUUUCGGCUAGUCAAGCUGCCUUCCAUCGCAUGCGCUUUAUAUACGAGAAAGACCGCAGGGACCCCACCUCACCAAGACCAACACUAAUCGCAAAUCGAAUUACAGUUGAGGAGGUUGACAUGGAGCGCGUCGCAUUUGAUCGUACCAUUGGGCGGCUGUGGCGAUCAUGGAAGAAGAGAAUAAGGUCUCCCACGAUCGAUGUCCACCACUCCUUGCCGGGACCAUUCUCGGACGAUGCCAGCCGCCCGAGUAUACAUUUGAGGCAGUACAGUGAAAACGUCGAGGAAGGCGCCAAUGCUAAGCUGGCUUCUGAGCUAGUUGAGGCUGAAAACAACAGAACAAAGAAUGAGCCCCGACAGUUGACAAAGGAAGACGGCCACAAUGCAGUGCAGAUACAAGAACAAUCAGAACAUUCGCCACAACACAUCGUGAUACCGCUUUCAGAAAGGGCCACAGCCUAUAUGACAAACGAAGAAUGGCUGAGCGCAGCCAUUGCGGUGCCCCUACCGACCAACGAGAGGGAUAUCGCCGAGAUCCUCAUCCCUGGCUUCACCCACUAUGACGACGAAGAGGCGCCCGUGGACCGUGAUGAUGGAAUCGACGUUCAGGUUGGUAAGAAGUGGGGAAGACUAGACGAUAAGGGACGACGACCACAGAGUCUCUUGAUCCCACCAAGUGCUCUUACGAUUGGACUGCCCACUCCUACUACAUCCGAACCACACACACCCGAGUUGCCUUCUCGGAAACGAGCAAACUCACUGCCAACGCCUACAACGUCACCCUUCUCAUCUCCACGGACGAAGCGGGUCAAGGCUGCCGAAGGCGAUUCUCUAGCUGCUAUGGAGGAAGCCGCUCCGGUCUCAGAAGAGGCAAACGCAGAGGGUGCGAAAGAAUACGUAGCACCUGAUAGUAAGCAGAAGCGCGGUAGACUGGUUCCUCCUCUUAUCACCACCACAAUCGGGGCAGCUAUAACCACAAACUCGGCGAGAGCGGUUCCUAUAGCCGGUAUGAUGACUGAGGAGCAGUCGGACAACGGCGAUGAAAUCGAUGAGGAGUUUGAUGAGUUUACAGAGGAGCCUGAGAUUCUCACAUCUUCUCGCAUUUCUAUUUCCGGCCGCAGCAACUCUCCGACCACGUCCGACCUAGGACGACCACUGUCCAUCUGUCCGAUUCUCUCCCCUGGCUCGCCGAACCCGCAUUCGCCUCGGGUCAUCGAUGUUACUGGUCCCCGCAGCCCCAUCUCGAGAUCGAGGGGUAGCUCGAUUGACGCACAAGAUAUGGUGCUGUCUCUGUCGCGCGUCAGUGAUCUUUCCCGCGCCAGCAGCAUCUCAACUCAGCCUAUUGCUGAAGAGGAUCACAGCCCCUCAGAGGCAACAGCUGCGCCAAAGGUGCCUUUGAUCGGCGUGAAAACGCCGAGGGCCUACAAGAGCGAGUCGAUAUCCGAAGCUGAAGAAGCCGAUGCCGAGCCAGUACAGAGCACGCGCAAAAUUGAAACCGUUUCAGCUCUUGCUGUGAUGCCGAAGCCAAUAGAGGCAGUACAAGCCCAGCCGCAAUUGACCGAACCGGUCAAGGAUUCUGCUGUCUCAGCUGAUGCUUACUCGACCCCGAUUUCGUCACCGCUACACCCGUUGCCGCCUCCACUGGAUUCUAAUUAUGGUACUAAGGUUACGAUCCUGGGCCCCACGGCACUGUCCGGCAGCUUCUUCAUCGACGACACACAACAAGACGAUGUAGCAGAGCAGCCACAGGAAAUUUCAAAAGUAGCCCCGAUUUCGAUUCCCGAACGCAGCUCGAAACGUGAGGCGUUCAAUGCUUCCUCCGUGACAGCAGCUGCAGUAACAGUUGCGGUUGCAACUGCUGCCAGUGCGGGCAGUUUUGUCCAACGCUCCAGGUCCCUACGAGAAACACGUUCUCCUCUCGGUGCUUCGGAGCGCCCCUUGUCUAUCAUCAGCCAAGAACCGGACGUGCUGACCGAGGCUAAUCAAUCUCAAAUGCACGCUCAGUCGUCAGCACAGUCCCCAUCAAGCGAUGCUCAGCCGAGUCAUACAGCGGAUUCUUCGAUGUCGUCGAUAGGAAGUAAACUGAAGCCAGUGCGAACGUCUGAAGAAAACAUUGUCAUCCGGUCUGAGGAUGUUGCUCGCAACUUUGAACAGCUCAUCCAAAGCGACCAAACGAUCCAGUACACUCUUACACCCGAGAACAUGCGUGAUAUAGAUGCAACAAGGUCUUCGUAUGAAGGAAGCAUCCUGCCAAAGAGCAGGAGAAGCGAGGAUACUCGGCCAACUGGCGACCGAUCGCGGUCAUCAUCGUUGGCCACCAACAAGCAGUCAGACAUCAGACGAUCGCCGUCUAUUGCCUCGCGGACAACGGCAAACGAAGCGUUAUCAGCAGAGACGACACAGAACCAACGGCUGAAUGGCCCAGUGCCGCGCCUACCACAUCGCCUUACGGCGUCGGUGUCAUCUGCAUCGUUGAGAUCGCGACCCAACGCGCCACAGGCCCGAGAUGCCAGAAUCCCUCAAGAAUCGCUUGCGGAUUUCGCCGAGUUCAUCCGGGCUACGGGCCCGUCGGUUGAUGAGGGGCGCAGUGCAGUGCUGCGUAAGAACAGCGGUGGUGGUGGCGGAAGGCCAACAACCAGUACUUCACGCAAUGUCAGCAGCCCAGCAACGAUGAUCAAGAGUAGUCUCGGCAGGAAAUUGUCGGCGGCUGGAAGCAGCCGUUCACGUUUCCAGGCGCGCGGGGCGACAGUAGACUACAAGGACGACAAGUCUGAUCUGAUCGACUUCAUUCGCCGCGGACCUCCAGAGACAGCCGAAAACCCUCGGAUCCCUCGGACAGUGGCCCCAUUCCAGACUCCGAUGGAUUCAGACCAGAUGGCAGGCGCAGCCGGUGGUCGGGCGGUCGAUGCCACGAUCUCCAGUCUCCGCUACAGCGCAUCCACCAAUGUGACGGAAAGCUCGGUGAACUCGUCGACCGGUCUUCUCAGGAACAAGGCUUCGCCACCUGGCGGUGCGGUCAGCAAUAAUAACACGUUUGACGCACCGGAUGCAAUGCCGAAGCGGAAGACGCGCCGGGUCAAGGAUCCCUAUGCGAUUGAUCUGAGCGACGAGGAUGAUGAAGAACUGUACGCCAGUGUUGGGCGUGGACCCAAGCCGGCGGCCAAGGAAGAGAGUCUGCUGGACUUCCUGAACAGUGUUCCGCCACCACCGGAGCCGCAGCGACGACCUUUCGACGUUCCGCAGACACGAUCACAGAAACAGGCACCGCGAAAGAAGGCGAGCACGUCAAGCCUGAUGUCACGGUUUGCUUGGGGCAGCAGCAGUCAUAGUCACUCCGGAAGCACGGGCGGACGCGGACUAUUCUCCAGCAGCGGUGGAGAAGGGAGCUCGUUCAAGGGCAGCAGAUCGGAAGCGCGAUCGUUGAGCAGUCGUGCUGGGUCGGCCAUCAUGGGUCGUGGACACGUUCCGAUUCAGGCGCACAUUCCGGAGAACGUGGACAAGUACGGUACAACGACGGUGGUGUCUAGCACUACCAAUGGGGUGAGCACCAGCCUUAACAACAACACCGGUACUGCUGGAAGCUCUGGGCGGGUGCUAGGAAAGAAGUAUGAGCCACGAGAGGCUCAGAAUGUGCCGUCUGCUACGCGAGACCUGGCCGAGUUCUUCCGCAAUUCUGGGCCAGCACAGCCGCAACGAGGGUAA